AUGCAUCAGAGGCCGGACAAGCUCGAAGGGUUGGAGUUGCAACGAUACGAAAAGGUUCGAAAGCUAGCCACUCUAGUCGGUGAUUGGAAGGCCUUCACGGCUCGUGGCAGAUCUUUGAAAAAUGUUUGGACGACGACCUCUAAGAUGGGGUUGUUCAUAUAUGGAAUCACUGAUCAUUAUCCUCAUCUUGUUAAGCCCUGGGAUCAAACAUCCAAAUCAAGCGCUUAUGGCCCCUUGGAAAAUGUGCCAGCAUGUAAACACAUCAUCCCGGAUGUAUUUAACGUGCAAUGCACGCCCCUCGAAAUCUUGCACUGGAAGAAGUCCACUACCUCACUUCUCCCAGAGUAG